AUUUAUUUCCAACAAUGCACACUAACAGAAAAUCGUCGGGAAUACUAGAAAAGAAGUGCUGCACAUGAUCGCCAUGCCGAGAUUUCCAUUAGUGAGUGGUUAUACCAUCAUCAUCACUAAUAGCUCUCUCUCGUUAUCUCAUUAUGAUCUAUUAGCCCGACAUUAGCAAUAUUUCAACUUGCUCUAGAAUGUUAGAGGCAUGUAUUGUAACGGAAAUACACAAUACAGUUUAUCCUAAAGUCUAGCAAGACCCAGUGCCAUGGAUAACGAAGACGUUACGAAGCAUAUUUGCCAGGAGGAACCAUGAAAGAUUUAUUCGCGCUCAUAAAACACCAAAAAGCUAGCACGCACAUGUGAACCAGAGAGAUGGGAAAGCUUAUUUUUCAACCUAACAUUCAAGCUGAAAAUAUAGACCAUGAUGAACACUGAUGUAAGAUCGACAAAGAUGCGAGUCAAGACCUACAGCAGAGGAGUCUGAAUUUCCAAUAUAAAAUACUGCCGUUCAACCCCCAGAAUUCCGCAGAAUGCUGGAAUUUGAGCAGACAUAUCAUAUAUCGUAUAUUAUAUAUCACAGUUCCUAUCAAAGAUGAAGCUCCUCAAUCUUCUACUUCUAGGCCUCGCGGCAGAGAGUCAACAAGCUGUGAUUAAUCCAGGUCAUAACCAUGAGCGUGAUGUGGAGCAAUGGGGUUGGAACAGAUACCAAGCUCACUGUAUUAUGUGUGUCGAAUACCAGAGGACGCAAAUUGGCAACUACAACGGGAGCAUCGUGAUCAUAGAACAAGCUGUAACUAUAUGCACAGAUCAGGGCCCGUGUCAGAAUUUCAACUAUCUGGACACCUUCCACCGUAGCUGGGCGCCCCCCGAUGCAGUCCAGGCUGCUCGGAACGUUUGGGGAUAAAUGGACAGAAAGUUGCUUAUCAUGACCUAGUCAUUAUCUGAGCUUUGUUUGAACACGUUCAAUACAGGAUGCAAGAUUUUGAGUUGACGUAACUAUUAGGGUAUGGGAUAGGA